AUGGUUAAUGUUCCACACUUUGUUUUAUUUCCUUUCGUAGCACAAGGACACAUUAUCCCAAUGAUAGACAUAGCUAAACUCUUAGCACAACAUGGUGUCAUUGUUACCAUUUUCACCACUCCCAAAAAUGCUUCACGUUUUUCUUCUGUUCUUUCUCGUGCUCUUUCCUCUGGCCUUCAACUCAAUCUUCUAACACUCAAUUUGCCUACUAAACAAGCUGGAUUACCAGACGGAUGCGAGAAUUUGGACAUGGUUGAUAUUUCAAAUGAUGUGUGGAAUAAUUUUUUCUACGCAGUUUCGUUGCUCCAAAAACCGGCACAGGAACUGUUUGAUAAAUUGUCACCAAGACCAAGUUGUAUUAUCUCUGAUUUUUGUAUACCUUGGACUUCUCAAAUAGCUGAAAAACAUCAAAUUCCAAGAAUUUCAUUCCAUGGUUAUUCUUGUUUCUGUCUCCAGGUUUUGUUCAAGGUGAGUUCUUCAAAGAUUCUGGAAAGCAUCAAUUCAGAAACAGAGUAUUUCUCUAUUCCAGGCAUACCGGACCAAAUUCAAGUCACCAAAGGGAAAAUACCAGUAGCAUUAUUAGAGAAACUACCGAAGGAGUUUGUUGAGAAAUUCCAAGAAGCUGAAAUGAAAUCAUAUGGUGAAAUCAUAAACACUUUUGAAGAAUUAGAGAAAGAAUACGUGAAUGAUUACAAAAAGGAAAGAAAUGAUAAGGUUUGGUGUGUUGGUCCUGUUUCACUUUGCAACAAAGAUGGUAUAGAUAAGGCUGAAAGAGGUAACAUAACUUCAAUAAGUGAAUAUAACUGUCUAAAGUUUCUAGAUUUGCAUAAACCAAAAUCUGUUGUUUAUGUAUGCCUUGGAAGUUUAUGUAACUUAGUUUCUUCACAACUUAUUCAAUUGGCUUUGGGAUUAGAAGCAACAAAAAUGCCAUUUAUUUGGGUUAUUAGGGAUGGAGUUAAUAAAACUCAAGAGUUGGAAAAGUGGAUAAGUGAUGAAAAGUUUGAGGAAAGAAACCAAGGGAGAUGCCUCUUAAUAAGAGGGUGGGCCCCACAGAUGGUGAUAUUAUCACACUCCUCUAUUGGUGGAUUCUUAACACAUUGUGGUUGGAAUUCAACACUUGAAGGGAUAAGUUUUGGUGUGCCAAUGGUAACUUGGCCAUUAUUUGCUGACCAGUUUUUGAAUGAGAAGCUUGUUACUCAAGUUUUGAAGAUUGGAGUGAGUCUUGGUGUUAACGUUGUAAUGCAGUUUGGUGAAGAGGAGAAGUUAGGUGUGAUUGUGAAGAAGGAAGGUAUUAAGGAAGCAAUAUGUAGGGUGAUGGAUGAGGGAGAUCAAGAAAGUAAAGAGAGAAGAGAAAGGGCUAGUGAAUUAAGUGAGAUUGCUAAGAAAGCUGUUGAAAAAGGUGGAUCUUCUUAUCUUAAUAUGACUUUGCUUAUUCAAGAUAUCAUAGAGCUACAAUCAAAACACCAAAGUUGA